AUGCUUCGAGGUGAACUGAGCUGCUACCCUACAGUACCAGAAUUGUCAGAACAGAAGCCUAUGCGUCUCGAGGCGGCGCAGAAAUUGAGAGCUAUUGUUGGAAUCAAGGUGGGGCGACCGACGUUCCAUAAAGCUUGGUCUUCCAAGCACUGCAUUCAGUUGGUGGGUCAACAAGCUUGGGCUGCCGAAGUCAAGUACGACAGCGAGUAUUGCGAAAUACAUGUAGACCUGGGAGAUGCGCCCAACGAUAUCAGAAUCUUUUCUAAAAACGGCAAAGAUGCAACAGCGGACCGAAGACCUCUGCAUGCCACUAUUCGCCAAGCACUACGUAUUGGGCGAUCAGACUGCAAGUUGAAAAAGAAGUGCAUUGUCCUUGGCGAGAUGGUGCUCUACAGUGACCGAGAAAAAAGAAUUAUGCCUUUUUCGAAGAUCAGAAAGCACAUAUCACGCUCCGGUUCUUUUAUCGGCACACUUCAAGAUUCAUUGCCGCAUGAGUGGGAACACCUCAUGAUAGUAUUCUUCGACGUCCUGGUGCUGGAUGACGAAUCAACCCUACGUCACUGCCUCCAAGACCGCCGCAAGAUUCUCCGAGGCCUUGUCCAUGUAGUGCCGGGCCGUUCAAUGCGAUCGGAGUGGACCCUCCUUGACUUUAAGACAGGGAAUGGUAUAACAGACCUUAAACAGAUAUUUGCCCGGAACCUAGCCGAACGCCAAGAAGGACUCGUCCUCAAAUCGUUGCAUGCACCGUACUUUCCACUGUUGUCAGAGCAGGGGCAUCGUCAAGCAGGUUUCUUCAUAAAAUUGAAGGACUACCUCGGUAACAUGGAUGGUGAGCAGGACUUGGGCGACUUUGCUGUGAUCGGAGCUAGCUUUGAUGCGCAGGUCGUGCCAAGAAUUCAUAUCAAACCCUUGCACUGGACGCAUUUUUAUCUUGGGUGCUGUCUGAACAAAGACGCAGUGGAGCGUACGGGAGCAAAGCCAGAAUUCAUGGUCCUAGCGAGCCUCAGUCUCGAAAAGUGUAUACCAAAGUCUGAUGCGAAGUGCAUGAACAUCCAAAGUUAUGUUCGUCAGUCUGCUCUACGAGAGAAUGGAUCGACCGCAGAUUUCGACAUUCGAUAUCCCAAAGGUUACGGUAGUCGUAUGACUGCUGUAUUCAAGGAACCAUUCGUAGCGGAGAUCCUUGGCGGUGGACUCGAGAAGCUUCAAAACGAAUCAUUCGAAAUGUUACGACACCCUAGAAUCAAGAAGAUCCACCAUGAUAGAACUUGA